AAACAAAAGCAGAGGCACGAAAGAGUUAAGCUGCAAGUGUGUCACACACUUGCUGCUACAGCCAAAGCCUUUUCCACUGCCCUGGCCUCCAGUAGCCAAAAACCCUACCCGUGACAAAACCUGAUCUUCAAAAAAAGAAAAAAAAAAACACUACCUUUAAACCCUGAAGGGCAUUUUUUCCAUUCAAAGUAAAAAUGGUGCCAAACCCAGUAUCUCUCACUCGUAAGACUCCAUUGUUAUACUGUUUUGCGGGUUUUUCAUGCAAACCCACUUCUCAUUCUAGCCAAAGAACUCAGCUUUCCUUGAACCCUGUUCAGAUAACUGGAUUCAGGGCCUGUUCUUCUUCUACUCUGUUUUCAAAUUCUUUAAAUUAUAGUCAUGGAGCUGUGUUUAAGGACUUGGAUGGUACUAGAAAGGGAUAUAGGCAAUUGGGUGUUGAUCAAUCUCGUCUCUUGGCUGUUUCUGAUGGUGGCUCUGGUGGUUCUGGUGGGGUUGGAGGCUCUGCUGGUGGUGGAGGUGAAGGUAGUGGUGCUAGUAGUGGUUCUGGUGGAAAUAGUAACUGGUCCUUCCUUUCAUGGUAUUUGAAUCUUCUUGCAAACUACCCUGUGUUGACUAAAGCUGUAACUUCUGCGAUAUUGACUCUUAUGGGAGACUUGAUCUGCCAGCUUGUGAUUGAUCAAGUUCCAUCCCUAGACCUUAAAAGAACUUUCUUGUUUACACUCUUGGGGCUGGUACUGGUGGGUCCUACAUUGCAUAUCUGGUACUUAUAUUUGAGUAAAAUGGUAACAGUACCCGGAGCAUCAGGUGCAUUCUUGCGCCUUUUAGCUGAUCAGUUUGUUUUUUCUCCUAUAUUCAUUGGAGUUUUCUUGUCAACAUUGGUGACGCUGGAGGGAAGGCCAUCACAAGUCAUACCUAAGCUUCAGCAGGAAUGGUUUUCUGCUGUUCUUGCAAAUUGGCAACUGUGGAUACCAUUUCAAUUUCUGAACUUCCGUUUUGUCCCACAGCAAUUUCAGGUUCUUGCUGCUAAUGUUAUUGCUUUAGUCUGGAAUGUGAUUCUCUCAUUCAAAGCUCACAAAGAGGUUCUCCCAAAAUAGGUGAAAUGCACAGAAAAGAGAUGAAUUUGAAGAAAACAUCUGGGGUUCUACACGUUGAAACAAUUUUUACUUGGAUCUGCAUAAUUCAAGAGUCUUGUCACAUUGAACUGUUCAAGUGUAUGGAACCUGGUUCACGAACCCUUUUGCCCUUACCUCUUGUGUGUUUGUGAUUCGCAAAAGUGUUGGUUAGAACCCUUUUCUUAGAUUGAAUGCUCGUUAGGUGCCAGCUCAAUCUUCCCUAUGGAUAUCAAGUACAAGAUUGAAAACAACAAAAGGUUUCCUUGCUGCCAAUUUAAGCCAAGUCCCAAAUCAUUCAUGCCUUUUUCUUUCUUUUGUUCUUUUUUCUUAUAUUUGUAUGAAAUGACCAUUGUCCAUUGUAGGAUUAACCCUCCACAUAAAUUACAUGAGAAUUGAAACUUCA